AUGAGUAAGAGAGCUAGAGAAGACACUAACCGUGACUCUCGAAAGAAGUACAAAUUUUCUACAGGAAUAGUGGAACCUUGCGUAUCUGGUAUUUAUGCAACAUGCGCCCGGAAACAUGAGAAGCAAGCGGCUCAAGAGCUUGAAAGCUUUUUCCAAGAAAAGCUUGAAGAGUAUUACGGCGACGAACUGAAUGAAGACAACAAUACCAGUGGAGACGACGAUGAUAUCUCCGUUGAGGACAAGAUCAAGAAAGAACUGGAUGUACUCAAAGCCAAAAAGACUGGGCCUAAGAACAAAGAGAUCUUAAAGUUCAUGGAUCUCAAUUGUGAAUGCGUAAUAUUUUGCAAGACUCGCAAGCCUAUCGUGCCAGAGACGUUUGUUCGCAGAAUAAUGCAGGAGUUUGCUGACCCCAAAGUGAAUUUCAAGAGGACAAGGUAUGUACAAAAGCUAACGCCUGUUACUUUCUCCCGUAACGCGUCUAUUGCGGAGCUCUCGAAGCUCUCGCAGCAAGUUCUUAAAGAUCAUUUUCACGAGGCGGGGACUCCGCCGCUGAAGUUCGCAGUUGAAGUAACUCGCAGGAACUUCAACACAAUUGAGAAGCUUGAUAUUAUAAAAGAAGUUGCCAAACAAGUCGGUAAAGAUGGCCAACUGGAACACAAGGUUGAUUUGAAAAAUUACGAUAAGCUUGUCUUAGUAGAGUGUUUCAAGAAUAAUAUCGGGAUGUCAGUAGUUGACAGCGAUUAUCGCGAGCAGUACAAGAAAUAUAACAUUCAACAAAUUUUUGAAGCCAAGCUCAAGAAGGAGAUCCUGGACAAGCAGAGUCUAGAAGCAAAUAAAUGA